CAAAGCCGAGGUGGCGACCGAGAUGGCGGACUGAGGGGCUGUGGCUUCUUGGGGAAGUCUCAAACUUACCAAAUAAAGCAAUAAAUACCUCGGCUUUCCGGCUUUACAAAGGCCACGGAACGGAAGUUGAGUUUGGAGCGACGGAGUGUUACCUGAAGUGAAGAUUGAAGACGUGAUAGAAGAUGGACGACUACUGCUAUGCUAAGAUGGUGACGUCAUGUCAAAGAGAAAGUGAAAGACAAUCAGAAACUUCCAGAAAAUCACCAACGGAGAUAAAAACAGAAAACGUCCAGCAGCUGAUUGGUCAUCCAGAGGAAGUUUCCCCUCAGUUAGGGGGGAGCUCCACUUUGAAGCUGGAGACUCCACAGCCACCCUGCAUUAAAAAGGAGGAGGAGGAACUCUGCAUCACUCGGGAGGGAGAGUGUCUUCUAGGACUGCGUGACACCGAUCCCACCAAGUUGCCGCUGACUCUUGCCUCUGUGAAGAAUGAAGACGACAAAGGCAAACCCCAACGAGACCACCUCAUAGCUCCACUAUCAGAUAUUGAGAGUGAAGACGGGGUCGAAGUGACUUUGAGCAGCGAUACAGACUGUGAAGGUGAUAUGAGGACUCGCGCUGACAAACACUAUGAACGCUCUAAAAGGAAGAGAGGUAAAAAAUGUUUAAGCUGCUCAGUUUGUGCUAAAAGCUUCACUAAGAAGAGCCUAUUGACUAAACACACGAGAACACACACAGGGGAAAAACCAUUCAAAUGUUCAGUUUGCGGUAAAAGCUUUUCUGAAAGUGGCAGUUUGACCAUACACAUGAGAACGCACACAGGAGAAAAACCAUUCAACUGUUCAUUUUGCGGUAAAGGCUUCUCUCACAAGAGCAAUUUGAUUGAACACAUGAGAUCGCACACGGGAGAAAAACCGUUCACAUGUUCCGUUUGCGGGAAAAGCUAUUCGCAUAAAUGCAAUUUGACUCAACACAUGAAAAAACACACAGGAGAAAAACCAUUUAGUUGUUCAGUUUGUGACAAAAGCUUUCCUCUCAAAUUCUGUUUGGAACAACACAUGAGAACGCAUACAGGGGAAAAACCAUUUAAUUGUACAGUUUGCGGUAAAGGCUUUUCUCAAAGGGGCCAAUUGAAUCCACAUAUGAGAACGCACACUGGGGAAAAACCAUUUACUUGUUCAGUUUGCGGUAAGCGCUUUUCUCAAAGGGGUCAAUUGAAUCCACACAUGAAAACACACACCGGAGAAAAGAAACAUUAAAAUAAUUAGUUUGUGCUCAAACUUUUUCAAUCCCAUGUGACACAUGCACCAAAUCUCUUGACCUUCUCAAAAUAAGUUAGCCGUUUCCUCCACAAAUAUCCAAGGUAUUGCUGGGUUGCAUAUGACAUCACGUCUGCUUUGCUUGCUAACGUUAAAGGGAAUAAAGUCAGGGAAAAGAAUGGCUCUCAAACAUGUCACAAUUGAUUUGUUUGAGAGUCUUUCUGUGAUGCAAUCAAGCAUGUUUUAUUAUAAAGAACAGUAAAGUAAAGUACAAACUUAACAACUAAAGAUUAAAUUAAAUUGUGUUCUUUUUUAUGGUUGCUACACAUUGAUUGUAGAAAUAAGUUAAUGUCAUGUUACAUAUUGCCUGUAAUUUGUUUGCCUAAUUGUACAUUUGAUGUCGAUUUUCAUAGCCAUAAUGUAAACGCUUAAUCACUGUUGUGCAGGAAUGCCAGGUGCUUUAUUUGACAUCGAUGACCAGGAUUAAGUUCCUACGCUAAAUUUAGGCCACAACAAAGUCAAACAGAUUUUUGUACAGGCAAACAUAUUAGAAGAGAGAUUUCAUCGAUUGUUUGUGCACCAAACAACAAGUCAUAGUGAAGAUAAAUGUAGCAUUUGUACACCACAAAAACCUAAUUUACACGGGCAAAUAGAGUUAGAUUAUCCUUUCAAGGGGAACAUUAUCAGCAGACCUAUGUAAGCGUCAAUAUAUACCUUGAUGGUGCAGAAAAAAGACCAUCUAUUUUUUUAACCGAUUUCCGAACUCUAAAUGGGUGAAUUUUGGCGAAUUAAACGCCUUUCUGUUAAUCGCGCUGGAGGCGAUGACGUCAGAAUGUGACGUCGCCGAGGUAACACACCCACCAUUUUCAUUUUCAACACAUUACAAACACCGGGUCUCAGCUCUGUUAUUUUCCGUUUUUUUGACUAUUUUUUGGAACCUUGGAGACAUCAUGCCUCGUUGGUGUGUUGUCGGAGGGUGUA